AUGUGUGGGCUGCGUACCUGUUUUUUGUGCCUCGUCGUUGCAUCCUGCAUCCUUUUCGGAGUGUGCCACUCCACCAGCGACUCCAUUUGUGUCCUGAGCGAUGCGCCUCAGCAAUGUGGCGCCUUCUGCCUGGCAGCAUUGCAUCCACUGUACGAUCAGUACGCCAAGUCCAGGCAACAGGAGCACAGCCAGGAGGCAAUAGUGAAGCUGAUUGUGGAUUUUCGGGCUGAGCAGAAGGAGCUCGCGAAUCACAGCCAAGAGGCAAUAGUGAAGCUGAUAGCAGAUUUUCGGACGGAGCAGAAAGAGCUGUUCAAUGUUCUUGCGGCGAAUCUAACUGCCACCGCGAGCGGACUUGAAUCAGUUACAGUGCCGCCUGGGUUCCAGAUGAUUGGAUCCAGAUACUUUUUCAUAGAAAAAUAUGAGUGGAAAAGCAGGACUGAUGCCGAGGAAACCUGUCGCGAAAAGGGCGGUCACCUAGCAGCCUUCGAAAUCGAAGACGAUUUUGAAGCCGUCACAAGAAUCGUCGAGAAACAUACCAUAUUCUGGCUGGGUUACCAUCGAAAUAGUGGGGACGCAUUCGUGACGGCCACCGGAAAUAAAGUAUCGUUUAUGAAGUGGAUUUUAGGACAACCCGACAACGAAGGUGGCAAGCAGAACUGCGUUACCCUGUUCAAUUCACACAUGUAUGAUUGGGAUUGCGAAGAUACCAAUCCCUUCAUUUGCCAGUUGGACACAUAA